CAAAGAUCCCAGCUGGAGGAACAGAGAUCCGUCUGUACUACCAAGACCUUGAGAAAAAGCUUUCGGAAUAUUUUAUGAAUCCUAAUCUGCAUUGGUCUCAGAGUUCCAUCUCCGCAGAUUUUGACCUCAUUCCUCGAGCGAGUAUUAGCGCUGUGAGCUGGAACGCCGACCCCAGCCCUAUAUCACUAAAUCUGCAAGUUCGCAUCCUAUCCUUUAAAGCAGAGGGAGGCUUGAUAGCAAUGAGCUAUGACCAGAACAACGAUGGCUGGGAUGAUAAUGCUUCACAGGUCGCGGUAAAGUCCACCAAAGCAACAAUUGGUGGCACCAGUGCUGUGGCGGCAGUCCAAGGCCUUGAUGCCGAUGACACUAGACAUAUGGAUGUCUUUUACCAGCCUGUGGCUAUGAUUGGGCAGCUUAGCUCGAAAACAACGUCUUUUGAUAACCCAACUUCUUUCGGGAUGGGGGUUGUAAUUUUGGACGAUGCCGAACGUCGCCGCAUGCAGCUUGUGGAUGGCCACGACGCACAGUACUGGAAGAACGCGUACGAGUUGUCUAAAACCGGGACUACGAAUGCCCAAUUCCAGUUAAAAUCGCUUUAA